AUGCCCGCGCAGAUCCAGAUCGCCGGGCAGAGCGCAGUGCUUCCGAUCGCCCUCAACACCAUCCAACACUCCCUUGACGUCGUGCUCACCGCUGCGAAUAUGCGGCUGUGCCGUAUGAGAUCCAUCGCGCGUAGUAGUGCUGACCGUGCUAUCGCGCGCGGCUCCCGCUUCCAGCCUCUCCUACCUCCCCAGCGAGAUUCCCAACCCACACUACACCAUACACCAUACUUCUUGCUGCUCAUCGCGUAG